AUGGCCUUCCAAAAAGCUGAAAAAACCUCUGCUUACCACUCACGUUUCCAAACCCCUUUCAGACGUAGAGCUGAAGGUAAAACUGAUUACUACCAAAGAAAACGUUUAGUUGCUCAACACAAAGCUAAAUACAACACUCCAAAAUAUAGAUUAGUUGUUAGAUUCACCAACAAAGAUAUCAUCUGUCAAAUCGUUUCAUCCCAAAUUGUUGGUGAUUUCGUUUUAACUGCUGCUUAUGCUCAUGAAUUACCAAGAUACGGUAUUAAACAUGGUUUAACUAACUGGGCUGCUGCUUACGCUACUGGUUUAUUAGUUGCCAGAAGAGCUUUACAAAAAUUAGGUUUAGAUGAAAUCUACCCAGGUGUUGAAGAAGUUGAGGGUGAAUACGCUUUAACCGAAGCUGUUGAAGAUGGUCCACGUCCAUUCAAAGUUUUCUUAGAUGUUGGUUUACAAAGAACUACCACUGGUGCUCGUGUCUUCGGUGCUUUAAAAGGUGCUGCUGAUGGUGGUUUAUACAUUCCUCACUCUGAAAACAGAUUCCCAGGUUGGGAUAUCGAAGGUGAAGAAUUAGAUGCUGAAACCUUAAGAAAAUACAUCAUGGGUGGUCAUGUUGCUGAAUACAUGGAAGAAUUAGCUGAUGAUGAUGAAGAAAGAUUCAGAGAAUUAUUCCAAGGUUACUUAGAUGAUGACAUUGAAGCUGAUGCCAUUGAAGACAUCUACAUUGAAGCUCAUGCUGCUAUCAGAGCUGACCCAUCUUUCAAACCAACUGAAAAGAAAUUCACCAAAGAACAAUACGCUGCUGAAUCUAAAAAAUACAAACAAUAUAAAUUAACUAAAGCUGAACGUGACGCUAAAAUUGCUGCUAAAAUUGCUGCUUUCAAAGCUGAAAACUAA